AUGAAGCGCUCGCUCGAGGCCGAUUCGAGUUUCGAAUCGAAGAAAACCAGGGUCCAAGAGGAAGAAACCACCGGAGUUUCACCCGAUCCGGGAACUGGGUUAGUGAAUUUGGACGAGAAUCUGUUAUAUGAGGUGCUGAAGCACGCCGAUGCGGCGAUCUUGGGCCGGGCGGCCUGCGUGAGCAAGCAGUGGCACCGGACCGCCCAGGACGAGUGGCUGUCGGAGCUGAUCUGCACCAAGCACUGGGCUAACAUCGGCUGCGGCAACACCCAGCUCAGAUCCGUGGUCCUUGCACUUGGCGGGUUCCGCCGCCUUCACUCCCAGUACCUCUGGCCUCUCUCCCAGCCCUAA